CGGGGCCAGCUCUCCCCGGCGGGCAGCGCAGGUGGGCGCCGCCCGGGGGAUGCGGGGCGAGCCCGGCCCCGGCCAUGAGGGUCUCGCUGGGCCGGGUUGUGACGCUGCUCUUCCUGAGCGCCGCCUGCUCGCUCACCUGGUACGCCUCCCGCACCGGCACCGGCACCCGAGGAGAUGGUCUAGACAAGUACCAAACUGAGUUUUUGGAACUUCGUCAAAGACUCUUGUAUGCUGAAAAAGAAAAUAAAAAGAGAUCUCAAGAGCUGAGCAGUGCCCUGGAUGAAAUUAAACGUGUUGUUGCAAAGAGAGAAAACUCUACAGGAAAUCAUACAGAUGAUACAAGGUGGAAUGUAUUCAAUCUCACCAGUAAACCCUUCGUGCAUCUUGCAAACAUGUACUACUACUUACCUCACCUCCAGGAGCAUGAAGAUAGCCUGCACCCCAAUGUUGUCAUUGGUCAAGGGAGAACCGGAGUCUCCCUAGUGAUGGGUAUUCCUACUGUGAAAAGAGAAAAACAAAGUUAUCUUAUCGACACGCUGAAUUCUCUUUUCUUUGAUGUAUCUGAAGAGCAGAAAAAUGAUUGUGUAGUGAUUAUCUUUGUAGCAGAGGUGAAUGCAGAGUAUGUUAACAGUAUUGCACAAGAUGUUAGAACCAGAUUCCCUAAUGAAGUGCAAUCUGGAGUCCUUGAGGUUAUUUCCCCUCCUGCUUCCUAUUACCCUGACCUCUCCACUCUUAAGGAAACAUUUGGGGACUCAAAGGAAAGAGUGAGGUGGAGAACUAAACAGAAUUUGGAUUAUAGCUUUUUAAUGCUGUAUGCUCAACCUAAGGGAACAUUUUAUUUACAGCUGGAAGAUGACAUUAUAGCCAAACCACACUAUAUUAAGUCAGUAAAAAGCUUCGCUCUUAAACAGUCCUCUGAAUGGAUGAUUCUUGAAUUCUCCCAGCUUGGAUUUAUCGGAAAGUUGUUUAAAUCUGAAGACUUGCCGUUCAUAGUAGAGUUUUUUUUAAUGUUCUACAAAGAUAAGCCGAUAGACUGGCUCCUAGAUCACUUACUCUGGGUUAAAGUGUGCAAUCCUGAAAAGGAUACAAAACACUGUGAUAAGCAAAAGGCCCAUUUGCGUAUCCGUUCUAAGCCUUCCCUCUUUCAGCAUGUGGGAUUUCAUUCAUCUUUGGCUGGAAAAAUACAGAACUUAAAAGAUAAAGACUUUGGCAAAAGUGCACUACAUAAAGCACAUGUUAACCCCCCUGCAAAAGUGACUACUAGCCUAAAAGUAUACCAGCACUAUACUUUAGAAACGGCUUAUGAAGGAAAGGACUUUUUCUGGGCAUUUGCUCCAGUGGCUGGAGACUAUAUCCUCUUCAGCUUUUUAGAACCAUUGACAGUAGAAGGGUACCUCUUUAAAAGUGGAAACAUAGAACACCCUGGUGACAAAUUGAAUAACUCUACUGUGGAAGCUUUACCUGCUGAUGAAACAGAAUUAUUAAAAGAGUCUGCAGGCAAUGGAAGUAAAUAUAACUACCAAAGAACCAAAGAUGGCUAUUUAAAGAUAGGUACAUUUGAAAAUGGAGUAGCAGAAGGCAUCAUCAGUCCAUCAGUAGGGAAAAUACAAGCUAUUCGUUUAUCUAUCCAUUCUGAUUCUUCUGUAUGGGUCUUACUGAAUGAGAUAUUCAUCAGGAUGCCUGGAAAGUAAACAACUCCAGAAAAUCACAGUUUUAGAAGUGUCAUUUCUUAAAGACUGCCUUGAAAACCAAACUAUUUAUUGAUAGCAACAAAUGGUCUGCUAGGAGAAAGGAAAACCUCUCCAUUACUUAAUACCAUGUAUUAGGAAAGAAUUGGAGGAAACAUAAUGCAAUGCAACCUUUUGUAAAAUAUAUGAAAUGAGGAACUUGAAUAUGUUAAAUAGUUCUGUGAGAUAUCCAUGGCAUGCCUUUCAUAAACAAAACUAUAUUUUUAAACCUGUUGCCUUGACCCAUCACAGGGAGUGAAUAAUACACACUAUAACAUUAAAACAAAAAAUCUUUUUUAAAGAUGUGAUUUAUUAGGACCUCUCUCAGGGAAUAGUGUCAAAGUCCUUGUUGCAAUUCAGUCCCACUAGACUUAGAAGUUGGAUUGGACUAUGGGGGCACAUUUUUUAAUUCCACUGUAACAUAUUGACAGAGAACAUUUUAGUGAGGAAGUGGGGCAGAGAAGAAAAUCAUCAGUAAUUUGCAAAGUAGUGACCAUGUGUCUUUGAAAAUGCAUUUUAUUUCUUAAGAUAGCUUGAGAGCAUGUUUUUCAAUAUGGUCUGUACUGAGUUAAUCACAGAUAGUAAUUGCAGUACUACUGCAGUAUUACUACAGUUGUACAACUACAGAUAAGUUACAGUACUGAAAGCUUUGGUGGGAGGAAAAACUGUACUAUCCAAAACAUCGUUUUGGAUUGUAAAUUAAAAAAAUCGUAAAUUAAAAAAAAUAAACUCUUUCCUUUCCUAUAUCAUGUGUGCUGUUGCUUAAGUCCUUAUUUAAAAAAUGAAUAGACAAUAUAAUCAAACAAAAUAUAUAUAUAUACAUAAUAGGAUGUUGGUUUCUGAGCAAUUUCCAGUAAGGCAGAAUUUCAGCAAAUAUUGAUUCAUGAGUAACUUUAUUUACAUGAGUAGCCUGGGCUUUCUUGGGAGUAACAGAGUUUACAGGUCACAUCUGCUUCCCACAACAACUUUGCUUGAUGGGAGGAUGCAAAGCAGAUCGUGAGAAGUUACCUCUACCUAACUGAAUCUAAGAGAAGUAUGAUUAAAGGAGAAGUUAAAUUGAUAUAGGUAAACAAAAACCUAGGCAGUGAAAAUAAAGGUAUUUAUUAUUCA